GUGUAAGUUUACCACUUUUACUUUUAGCUUAUUAUCCUACAGUCUUCUGUUGGUGCGCUAGGCCUCUUCGACUUUUUGAUAAGAAAGCUUGCUUUAGCUUUUUUCCCGGGCCUUGAGCCCGGUAGGCCGACUUGAAAUGGCUUACAACCCAGACACCAUGUCCUUUGACGUGCCGGACACGGACACGGUCUAUGUCAGCGGUCUGCCGCCCAACACGACGGAGCAAGAUCUCGCCGAGUACUUCGGCUCUAUUGGCAUCAUCAAAAUCGACAAGAAGACCAAGAAGCCGAAGAUUUGGCUUUAUCGCGACAAGGCCACGGGAGAGCUCAAGGGUGACGGCACCGUCACGUAUGAUGACCCUUUCUCUGCAGCGUCAGCGGUGCAGUGGUUUGGCAACAAGGAUUGGAAAGGCUCCAUGCUGAGCGUCACGCUGUCGCAGAAAAAGCAAGCAGCAGGCGGCUAUGGAGGCUAUGGCGGUGGCGGCGGCGGAGGCUACGGCGGUGGUGGCGGUGGCUACGGCGAUGGUUACAAUGCAGCCCCUCCUCCUGACAUGGGUGGCGGCGGGUACGGAGGCGGUGGCGGAUUCGGUGGCGGUGGUGGCGGAGGCGGUGGCGGUGGCCGGCCAGGCGACUGGCCUUGCAGCCGGUGCGGGAACGUCAACUUCGCGUUUCGGCAGAAGUGCCACAAAUGCAACACGCCAAAGUCGGCACCCGGCGGCGGUGGCGGGGCUGGUCCUGAUGCUGGCUUUGGCGGUGGCUUCGGCGGCGGCGGUGGUGGUGGUGGAGGUUACGGAGGCGGCGGAGCCGGAGGCUACGGAGGGGGUGGUGCCGGCGGUCCGCCCGCCGGUGGCCCUCCCGCUGCUGCUGCUGCUGCUCCUGCUCCCGGGGCUGGUGCCGCUGGAGACAAGCCUCGCGUUGUGGCGGCACCGCAGGGCCCUGCUGGGCUCUUUGCGCCGGACGACUGGGCCUGCCCCAGUUGCGGCAACGUGAACUGGGCUCGUCGCAACAAGUGCAACAUGUGUGGCACCUCCAAGCCGGGCACCGUGGACAUGCGUCGCGAGGGCCAGGGCGGCGGCUUCAAGGAGCUGGAUGAGCAGGAGCUGGAGGAGGCGCGGCGGCGGCGCAAGGAGUACGAAGAGCAGGACAUGUACGAUGAGUUUGGGCGGUUGAAGAAGCAGUUCCGCGGCAUGAGCGAGGCCGACCGUAAGGCCCGUGAGGAGGCUGCACUGGCCCGCCUGCGUGGAGACUACAACCCAGCACCCAGCGCGACGGAGCACGGUGGAGACCAGCGAGGCGGCCGGGGAGAUGACCGCGGGGACCGUGGCGGACGUGGUGGCGAUGAGCGCGGGGGCCGGGGCGACGAUCGUGGCCGGGGUGAUGAUCGCGGUGGCAAGUCGGACCGCCGCUCUCGCUCUCGCAGCCGCGAUCGUGAGCGGGAUCGGGACCGGGGCAGCGACCGGGACCGCGAGCGGGACCGGGGUGGCCGGGGUGACCGCGGUCGGGAUCGCGACAGGGACCGGGAUCAUGGAGGCCGUGGUGACAGGCGCUACUAAACAGCGACUGACCUAGGGCUCUGACUCGUCCUUUCAGGGUUGCUGUUUGAUUAUUGGGGAUGUGAGCGAUACCGGUAGUGGGCUGGAUGGGCUGCCUUCCUUUUGCGCCAUGUGGCGGGGCAGGAAAGAGGGUUGUGUGGUUUCCGGUUUCCAGGCUUGUUGGGCUGACCGUUUGCCGGAGAGGAUGUGGGUUGGGUUAUUCGUAAGCAAUAUUUGGAGUUCGCCCCUGGCUGGGGAGGCCUUGUUCAUGCUGAGAGAGGCCUUGAUUCGUUUACUCCGCUUAGCUGCACCAUGUGCUCUCCCAUCUGGCGUGUAAGUUGACUGAAGCUUUAAGGCGAUCCUUCGGCACUGCACUUGCUUGGGUGCUAUACUUCAUCUUACGCAUACUCUGUAAUCCAAACCUGCAAGAUGCAUGGCCGUCAAACAUAUUGGAAGCCUUUAUAAGGGCAUGCAUGGGACAAACGUUAUAGCAUUGGAUUCCUGAUUGCCGGGCAUGCCUGUUGCACUUGUGUACCUGGCAGCAGCCUCUUUUUGCAUGUGAGGUUGAAUGGCGCUUCCAGUAAUCGUAGAACUGCUGCUGUGCCUCUUCUUCAAGCAUCACCAGAGUUUGUAGAACGCUUAUUGUACGGCACUUGCUUCGAGUGAUCAGAGGACACGAAGAACGCUUAAUUGUAAUAAUAAAGCUAAUAACAACUGCACUUCGUGUAUUCUUGGACAGCUUACCUGAGGUAUAAUCCUAACCUGCUUAGCUAUGCCUCCCAACAUUCCGGGAACUCUCACAGCAGGUUCCUUGCGCCGGAAGGAACCUCUAUGGAAAACAGCAGACCAGUUGGCGCAAAAAGAGGGACCCCAUCACACCGUAUACUGGACAACCGGAGAGCGUUACCAGGGUGCAUGGAAGGACAAUAAAAAGCACGGCAAGGGCACAAUUGUAUACAAAAACAACGACAAAUAUGAGGGGGACUGGGCCAACGAUAUGCGGCACGGCCUUGGGACGCUCUGGCUGUACCGUGAGGGCAAGUACGUUGUGCGAUACAACGGGGAGUGGAGCAAUGACAAGCCAACGGGCUUUGACAGGGUCUGGUGCGCCUGCAACUAACCGUCAACGGCCACACAACGACCCGUUCCGUACAGGGCCACGGGACCUUCUUCGCGGACAAUGGGGACACCUACGAGGGCGAAUGGCUUAACGGAAAGCGGCACGGCAAGGGGCGAGCGGUGUACGGCGGCCGACCAGUGGACGGUUUCGGAGGCGAUGUUUACGAGGGAUAUUUCGAAGACGAUGUCAAGAGCGGCCCGGGCACCAUGAUGUAUGCCAACGGGGAUGUGUACGAGGGCCUGUGGGCAAACGACGACAAGAACGGCACAGGGACGUACUUUUACAUGAGCAAGGGCAAGAGGUUCGACGGCGUGUGGAGCGAUGGUUCCAUCAAGUGCGGCACCUACAGCGAGAUCCACACGCCCCCGCCCGGCACCCCUGGAGCGCUGCCCCCGGUGGAGCUCCGAAACCCGGACAAGGUGCUCGCGGAGGCGAUGAUGGACGCGGCGGAGGAGGCGAGCAGGAAGCGAUAGGGGCGCUGGGGAGGCUGAAGUGGGAAGGGUAGAUACCGGAAGUAGGAAUGAGGAAAGGGGCAGGGGAUGGCCGGAAGGUGGCGGAGGCGGGGGUGGCGAGCAGGAAACGAUAGGUAGCCAGUGCUAUAGAGCAAGGCACCCGGGACGGGAUAACGCGAUAGGUAGACGCUGGGGAAGCAGGUGGUGAUGAUGUGAUAGAGGCGACGGGGCAAGCGGAUGAAACGACAGACAUGCGGAAGCGUUUGGAGGAAGCAUAGUAAAUGCGAUGGGUAGGCAGUGCUGUUUAUAGUUACAGAGAGGGCCCGUGGUUAGGGAAGGGAAGGAGGUAGAGGGUGGCUUUUCUGUAGGCCGUCUGCGAACAAUAUGUUUAGCUAGGACCAUGCAUGGAAGACAUGCUCCUGUUUAGAUCAAACGAACGGAAUUGGUAGCAUUUGUUCUUGAGCAUUGGUGUGUGUGGGGAGGGUAUUGCACGCGUGACCGUACAUACUGUGGUAUGCAGACGCGAGUGGGCUUGCUGAGUGUGGUGUACGUAGUCCGUGAGGGCUGGGUACGCAAAAAAUGGCACCUGCUUCUUUUGGUGCAAGCGGAAAGGUAGUAGGAUGGUUACCGGUAUGUCGUGUUUUGUCAUAGAAAAGCGGAAGCAACACUCAAUCCUUUGAACUCAAUCCGAUCCUGGUAUACCCUUCUUGUCAUUGCACGUUUCUGGUCUAACCAACCUUUUGGCAUGCAUGUUAUAUCAUGCGUGUUACACGUAUCAUUCGAGUAGGGCGUGGCGGGUGUGGCCUUUCGGGCUUGGCUAUCGCAAUGGUGACAUACUGAUAGAUAUGGUGUUACUGGUGUACUCAGGGUGUCCAAUAUUCAAUAGAAUGUUACAUUGCUAGAAAGCCACAAGUCCUCAGCCACCAAUGGGCACCUCCUUUCCAUGCCUGCCUGUUAUUAGAGCACACAGUUACCACACGUUCUUUGUCAGCCACAAAUUCCAACGCCGUACAAUGUGACUGGGUGUGCAACAACGUUAGUAAUUAAACAAGCUAUCACACGUGUUUGGCCGCUGGCCCCUUCUUCACUUGUCCUGAAUUGUACUGUACACAACGCCGCUGCCAACGGCAAUAAUAGUUAGGAAUAUGCAU